GUUCUGGGGAUGGGGGAGAGGUGUCUGUUCUGGGAGGAGAGAUGGUUCGGGAGAGGGACUGUGGGUGGGGGAGUUAUUUCUUCAUUUAGUCGGAUGGAGAGGCUGCAGUUGUUACACUGAGACUCACUCUGGCUCCUUGAGGUCGGACCCCUAAUGCUGUGAUAUUCCGCGGGGAGACAUGACGGUCACAUACACAGCUCGAGUGGCAAAUGCCCGUUUUGGGGGCUUUUAUAAACUCUUGUUGCUAUGGAGGGGGAGUAUAUACAAACUGCUGUACAAGGAACUCCUGGCUUUUUUCAUCAUGUACCUGGCACUCAGCAUCACAUACAGGUUCUUUCUAAAUGAGGAACAGAGACUUUAUUUUGAGAAAGUGGCAAUUUAUUGCAAUAACUAUGCAAACCUCAUCCCUGUGUCCUUUGUAUUGGGUUUUUAUGUCACUCUGGUGGUAAGUCGCUGGUGGAACCAGUACCUCAGUAUUCCCUUCCCAGACCGUGUUAUGUGCGCCAUCUCCGGUACUGUUCAUGGGUCUGAUGAAAAAGGACGUCUGUACCGCCGGACUCUGAUGCGCUACUGCAGCCUAUCAGGGCUAUUAAUCUUGUGUUCUGUUAGUACCGCUGUCUUCAAAAGAUUCCCUACAAUAGACCAUGUUGUAGAAGCUGGGUUCAUGACUCGCUUGGAGAGGAAGAAGUUUGAGAACCUUCAGUCGUCCUAUAACAAGUAUUGGGUUCCGUGCGUGUGGUUCUGUAACUUGGCAGCGCAGGGAAGGAGCGAGGGGAGGAUCCGAGAUGAUCAUUCCUUUAAAAUGCUGAUGGAGGAGCUGAACACUUUCCGGGGGAACUGCGGCAUGCUCUUCCACCACGACUGGAUCAGUGUCCCCCUGGUUUAUACUCAGGUGGUGACAAUUGCCGUGUACAGCUUUUUCCUGACCUGUUUGAUUGGACGCCAGUUCCUGGACCCAUCGCGGGGGUAUCCCGGCCAUGAACUGGACCUUUAUAUCCCGGUCUUCACCCUGCUCCAGUUCUUCUUCUAUGCUGGUUGGCUGAAGGUGGGUGAACAGCUCAUUAACCCUUUCGGCGAGGAUGACGAUGACUUUGAAACCAAUUUUUUGAUUGACAGAAAUUUCCAGGUUUCCAUGUUGGCUGUGGAUGAGAUGUAUUCAGAUGUCCCUCCCAUGGAGAAGGAUCGCUACUGGAAUCACUCAGACCCACGCCCCCCAUACACUGCGGCGACUUUGUUCCAGAAGCAUCUGCCAUCAUUCCAGGGCUCCACAUUCAACAUGGCGAUCCCUAAGGAAGACAUGCAGUUCCAGCCUCUAUCUGACAUAGAAGAGAUGAAUGAGGACACUUUAACGCACACUCUUCCACUGUUCAGCCGCUUUCCCCCUGGAAUAGGCCCAUCUCCUCUUUCCUCCUCUGCUGGACUCUCCACCCUGUUUGCAGCUCCUGGAAGCCGCUUGACCCUGCUGAGCCACUCUACCAGCUCCUUCUCCUCAUCCUCUGUGUUCCAAUUCCCGGAAACCGUUCAAGAUCCACCAAACAAUCUUGUUGACCCUACAGCACCAGGACUGAAUGUCCAGGAGUGUCCACUUGAGAAACUAUUCAGUAUUGGUUCCCAGAAUUCCCUCUUUCAUCCUCCUAAAACGAUGGAUGGUUGUGGGAACGUUCAGUCUGUUAUGCCAGAGGAAGCAGAAGAUGCUGCUUCCUUGGUGGCUACAUAAUGAGAAGACUUCUGAGAAAGUUUGAAGGUUUCUAAGAGGAGAAGGACUUCAUUUCACAGUGGCCGGACUUUCUUUUUUUUUUUAGUGAACGGAGUAAAACUAUGGGUUGAACAUGGGGAGGUUAUGAAGGGUGACCAUUGCUGCUUGAGAUAAAUAUUUCUAUACAUUCUCCCCCGGACUCAGUGGCCGGUUUUAAUGGAUUCUGCCAUCUCUUUUUACAUAGGUCCUCGCCAUGGUCCAAUACCCUGAGACUUCUAACCCCUUAAUUACUCUAUGCAUUAAAUUUUUUUACUUAUUUUUUUUUGUAUUUUAUAAUAAACAUCUUUUCUAA